CCCGCAGCGAGCCUCCUCCUCUCGCGCCCUGCGCCCCUCUCUUUUCCUCGCUGCAUCUCUCACCCUCGUUGCAGGGCUGCAUCUCCAGCCAGCGGCCCAGUGCCCCAGCCCGCCGAAGGACCGCCACUCCAGACGCCUUGGCGCCCCCCCGCGGUGCUCCGCCCCGCCCAUCUCUCUCUUCUCCUCGCUGCAGCCACGGAUCUUGGUGGCAGGGACGCCAUCGCAUUUCCCAGAAUCCAAGCGGCCCGGAAGAGCACGUACGCUCGUUCCUUUUUCUUUCUCCCGUUCAGCCGUUCCUCCCCCCAAUCUCUCUCUCAUUUGUUUCCUUCGGCGGCGACGAAUAGGCGAGUGCCGCCGGCCGCCCUUCGCCAGGUCUUCACCUGCGACGAGCAUCCACCAGGUACGCCCGCCUCCUUCUGUCCCCAUCCUGCUGUGCGAAGCCGAGCACUCCGAACUCUAAUUUGAUCUUCUGGCUGGAAAAUCAAGUUGACGGUGGCGAGUAGGGGUUCUACCGUCGGCAGCCUCAUCUCAAGGAGCAAAAUUCUUUCAUGAUCCCUUUAAACCGGAGGGCAAGCCUGCCCAGGGCUGGGAUGGAGUACUUUGAUGCAAGGCGGAAGCCUCAUAAUGUUGGGAAAAUCAUUGCAGCCCUGGUCCUCACAACAGUCUGUAUAUUUGUUCUGAAGCAAUCUCCUGGUUUUGGUGGCAAUAGCGUGUUUUCUCGCCAUGAACCUGGGGUUACCCAUGUCUUAGUUACAGGAGGAGCUGGUUAUAUUGGUUCACAUGCCGCUUUAAGGCUCUUAAAGGAUAAUUAUCGAGUUACCAUUGUGGAUAAUCUAUCUAGAGGAAACAUGGGAGCAGUAAAGGUUCUGCAGGGCUUAUUUCCGCAGCCUGGGAGACUACAAUUCAUCUUUGCUGAUCUUGGGGACCAGAAAUCUGUCAACAAGAUAUUUGCUGAAAAUGCAUUUGAUGCUGUGAUGCACUUUGCAGCUGUUGCUUAUGUGGGAGAGAGCACAUUGGAACCCCUUAGGUACUAUCACAAUAUUACAUCGAACACUUUAUUGAUUUUGGAGGCUAUGGCAUCUCAUGGAGUCAAAACCCUCAUCUACUCUAGUACAUGUGCUACCUAUGGAGAACCAGAGAAGAUGCCUAUUACAGAAGCCACACCUCAGUUCCCUAUCAAUCCAUAUGGAAAAGCUAAGAAAAUGGCAGAGGAUAUCAUAUUAGAUUUCUCAAAGUCGAAGGGAGCUGACAUGGCUGUCAUGAUUUUAAGAUAUUUCAAUGUUAUUGGCUCUGACCCUGAGGGAAGAUUAGGUGAGGCUCCUAGGCCAGAACUCCGAGAGCAUGGUCGGAUAUCUGGGGCAUGCUUCGAUGCAGCAUUAGGAGUCAUUCCAGGAUUGAAGGUUAAAGGAACAGAUUAUCCCACAGCUGAUGGAACCUGCAUAAGAGAUUAUAUUGAUGUCACAGAUUUAGUUGAUGCUCAUGUGAAAGCACUCAACAAGGCAGAGCCUAGAAAAGUCGGCAUUUACAAUGUUGGAACAGGAAGAGGUCGCUCGGUUAAUGAGUUUGUUGAUGCCUGCAAGAAAGCAACUGGGGUUAACAUCAAAAUUGAAUACCUCAGCAGAAGGCCAGGAGAUUAUGCAGAAGUAUACAGCGAUCCAACAAAGAUCAACAAGGAGCUCAACUGGACAGCUCAAUAUACCGAUCUCAAAGAGAGCCUGUCAGUCGCAUGGAGGUGGCAAAAGUCGCAUCCGCACGGCUACGGGCCAAACUAAAUAUAGCCUCACUGAAUCGUCAAUACAUAUUAAUUCUUUAGUUAGCGAUAUAAGAUCUUGGUGCGCUACUCUCAAAAAAACACUCCUUUAUUCUUCUCUCUUUCUUUUUAUUUCAAAGGUUUGUUGUUUUUUGGCUAGCAGAAACAUGAACGGUGAUUUGGAUAAAAGAAAAGGGGACCUGUGACGACAAUUUCAUUGUUUCUGACAAAAAAUGUUGAUAAAAAAAAUGUACAUUUCUUCAGCCAAUGAGCUGCAAGGUUUGAUUGAAUUGAGUUAAGAAAAA